AUCAAACUUAUCGAAUGGUUAUCAAUGUGGAAUAUUAAGUACCUAGUAGGUACAGGUAUGUAGUUAGGUACUAUCGAGAUAUCUGUAGCUAAAUGCAGGCAUAUCGUAUUUCAAACCAAACACGCAAAAUUCUAUCUCUUUAUUAUCUUCCUUUUUUCCCCUUCCGCGCGUCAUAUUUUCUUGCAACGGUGUAAGUGUAAUUAUUUUUUCUAUGUGUGCUGGCCAUUAUCUCGCAGUUACUCGUAGCAUGAGAAUAAACAUGCAUUAAAUGAACUCUACCCCUUUAUGUUUUAUGAAAACAAAAACACAGUGAUUUUUUUAUGCUAUCGUUUUAUUGAUAGUGUAAUUUGGAAGUUCUGUAUUCACUUUACGGUCUUCAUAUUUUUUGAGGUAAGUUUGUUGCCGUUGUGAAGAAUCGAAUUUGUACAAGAAAUGGGCAUUAAUCCGGCCAAACUACGUUCACUGGCUGCGAAAUCUUCGUGUAUACAAUUGGUGUACGAAUGGGCCAGCUGUGAAAUGCCAGCAGUCGAUAUUUGGAAAAAGGAAGAAGACUACGGUACAUGCCCGGAUCACGAAUGGUUCAUUUGGCAACUGAACGAAAUGCAACUACCCGGCAGCCCAGUGAUCCCGAAUUUGGUUCUCGACCAAAUCGAAUACCACAUGACGUCGAUUUUGAAGCAGGUUACCGACUGGAUCUGUCACCAUCAUCGUAAAAAUUUCUUCCACGAUGAUCCGGCGUCUGCUUUGAAACAAUACCUGCUCAAACUGAUUUGGAAACCAAAUUGUACGAUUGACUACGCAGCUACUGCCAAAAACGUGUUGGUUGGCUCGAAUUUUAACGAUAUGGAGAAGUACAGAUUCGCUUGUACGUAUUGUUUUUCGGAGGAAGUAUGCAAUUUGAAAGAUAUGGCGGAGGUAACGAUAGAUUUGAGUUUCGAAGCAGAGCCUUUGCUGGUUUAUUGGAGUAAAUACUUGGCCAAUCAGUUGGAUACGAUAAGUUUACCGGCGAACGAUUCACUCGACGAGAUCAUGUUUGCUAAAGCUCUGAAUGUAUACGAUCUUUGGCAGCCCAUAAAGUACUUUUUUGAAAAAUCGAACUCCGGCGCUAGAUUAUUGCAGUGUAAGAAGGUUUUGAUGCACAAAGAUGGAAAAUAUCAACAAGGACUACUGGCUGUACUGAACGAAUGCGAAAAAUGUUCGGUGUACCAGGCUAAUCUGAAAGAAAUCAUUAAAAAUUACAUAAAGGUGAACAAUCUCGAAGGUAUUGUACGGAUUUACGCCGAAAUGAAGAGCGAGUUAAGUUUCGAGCAUUUCGCUGUAAUUAUCGAAGAAUUGGCCCGGUUGUCGGCGAAUACUGGUCACUAUUUCAAUCCAUUGACACGGUUACUAAUGGAAAUUUGGAACGAUGCCAGCGACCAGUACAAACGCCGGGUAGUAUCAACUGGUUUGCGAACCAUUCUCGGCAACAUAUGGAGCUGGAGCUGGAGCCAUUCGGUCAAGGCAGACGUAGACGAUAUCGACAAUCCUUUGAUGUUUAUUCGUGCUUUGGCUGAUGUGUACGAACCGCGAAAUUUCCUCAAGGAGAAUUUUUAUUGGCUGGUACUGUGGCAAUCGUUUACUUCUGUGCUCAAACUACUCGACGAAUAUCAAUUCAGCGCCGAAGAGAUCGAGGAAUUAAAGAGAGAUACUCGACGAUCGGAUACAAUGAAAUACAUUUGUUCGGCAAAUUUAAGGAGUGGCGAUAUUGAAGAAUUUAACAGUAUUGUAUCGUUUUGUUACUCGGAUGAUGAUGCGAGCAGAAUCGCGUUUCAAAGGAAAUUUUUAAGGGAUCAUUCGGACGAUCUUAGUGAUGGGUUGUGCCGCACCGAUUGGAGAAUAGUUCGCGAAUUCGUCAACGACGUGUUUCGCGACACCGACGACGACGGAUUCGUGUCUUCCUACACUACCAAACUAGUGGAACACGUUUUGGAGAAAGAAAUGUUAUUUCUGAUGGAUAGGAUGUAUGUAAAGAUGUAUCCAGAAGAAGCAAACAGUGUCGACGUGUUAAAAUGUAUCGAAGCUUUUGUGCCACACCAGCGCAAGUUAUCUCGAGCAAAGAAGACAUGCAUCGACUCACUUUUCAAAUGCCUUCAUAAUGAUAGUUUUUUCGUUUUUAAGGAGACACAGGUCGAAAAAAUGCUAAUUUGGAGCUACGGAACUGACGAGACGGGUGUGGCUAAAUUUAAAGAGAAAAUCAACGUUUCGAAAUGUUUCGUUAGUCAGUUGUAUAAGUGCGACAAAGGAGACACUUUCAAAGCGACCGAUUCUAUGGAGGAAUUUUUGCGCUGGUAUUACCCCCUCGAAAAUGAGAGGAAAGCUUUCAAAUUGGAAAUGAUUCACUCGUACGGUAAAUUUGAAGAGAUCGGGAAAAUGCUAAAACAGAGGAAGUAUCGUCGACCUAUGUUAAAUUGGUUUUUUGAAAACGACGCCUGUAAAAUAAACGAAUUUAUCACUAAAAUAUCCGGGUAGGUUUGUCAAAACGGUAGUCGAUGGUUGAAUUCUCGAAUGUGUUGGUAAUACUGUAAUAUGUUGUUUAUUUUAUCAAUCAUUCUAAAAUCUUUGUUAAAUAAGUAGGUACUUAUGUAUUUCAACCAAUUCAGUUAUCGUAAUAAAUUUGGCGAAGUGUUUGCUAAAA